CGCAAAAGAGCCAUUACCAUCCAGCCGACCUUGUACUAUCACGAGAGCAUAAUGCCCCACCACAAGUCUUCCUACACAGCCCGUGCGGCGUCAUUUAAAAAUCCAACUGCAAGCCGCCUUCUCAAACUCAUGGACGAAAAACAGACCAACUUGUCCAUUGCCGCAGACGUCACGACGAAAGCUGAAUUAUUAAAGUUGGCAGACGUUUUGGGACCGUACAUUUGUGUGUUCAAGACGCACAUUGAUAUUGUGACGGACUUUGAUCAAGAUCUGAUCAAGCAACUUGAAGCACUCGCUCAAAAGCACAAUUUCCUCAUCUUUGAAGACCGAAAGUUUGCCGAUAUUGGCAACACUGUCAAACACCAAUAUUCGCAGGGAGUCUAUCACAUUGCUUCAUGGUCUGAUAUUACAAACGCCCAUCCACUUCCCGGAGAAGGCAUCAUCAAGGGGUUAAAGGAAGUCGGCCUGCCACUGUCGCGGGGAUUGUUGCUUCUUGCUGAAAUGUCGUCAGCGGGGUCCUUGGCCAAAGGUGCCUACUCUGAAGAAGCUGUCCGCAUGGCGCGAAGGAAUAGAGAUUUCGUAAUUGGAUUCAUUGGACAAAGACGAUUGUCCGUUCCCUUGGACGCUGGGCAAGAGCAAGAGGACGAUUUCCUCUACUUGACUCCAGGUGUCUCCAUGGCGCAACCCGGAGACUCAUUGGGACAGCAAUACAGAAGUCCGGAACAAGUCAUCUUGGAGAGCGAAUGCGACGUCAUUAUCGUUGGAAGAGGUAUCUACGGAGCUGCAGAUCCCGUCGCAAAAGCAACAGAAUACAGAGAGGCCGGUUGGGCUGCCUACCAAAAGCGUUUAGGGGUAUCACAAUAAUAUUAAAACGACUGCUAUACAUAUUUCCCACCCAUUAGAAUAUACAUUUCCCCACUGCAAUAUAAUAUCCAUUUCCGAUAAACCCCACACCGUUGAUAAUAAACCCCACACCGUUCAUAAUAAGCGCCAUGUCCGUCAACCUCAAAAC